AUGGCUUUCAUUUCUUCUUGCUUUAAUAAGUUCCCUAUUUUUCUUCUAUCAAUAUGGCUCCUAUUUUUUCAAUCAAUAUGGUUUCUGUCAAUAAGGAUUCAUUUUUCUUCCAUCAGUAAGGCUUCUUCUAACAAUAUGGCUUUCAUUUCUUCUUCUGUCAAAAUUGCUUCCAUUUUUCUUCUAUCAGCUUCCAUUUCUUUUUCUGUCAAUAUGGCUUCCAGUUUUUCUUCUGUCAAUAUGGCUUCCAUUUCUUCUGUUAAUAAUACUUUCAUUUCUUCUCUCAAUAUAGCUUCCAUUUCUUCUGUCAAUAAGAUUUUCAUUUCUUUUUCUGUCAAUAUGGCUUCCAUUUCUUCUGUUAAUAAUACUUUCAUUUCUUCUCUCAAUAUAGCUUCCAUUUCUUCUGUCAAUAAGAUUUUCAUUUCUUUUUCUGUCAAUAUGGCUUCCAUUUCUUCUGUUAAUAAUACUUUCAUUUCUUCUCUCAAUAUAGCUUCCAUUUCUUCUUCUGCUUCCAUUUCUUUUUCUGUCAAUAUGGCUUCCAGUUUUUCUUCUGUCAAUAUGGCUUCCAUUUCUUCUGUUAAUAAGACUUUCAUUUCUUCUCUCAAUAUAGCUUCCAUUUCUUCUCUCAAUAAGAUUUUCAUUUCUUAUAUAAAUAUGGCUUUCAUUUCUUCUCCUGUCAUUAUGGCUUCCAUUUAUUCUGUCUAUAAGGCUUCCAUUUCUUCUUCUGUCAAUAUGGCUUCCAUUUCUUCUGUUAAUAAGACUUUCAUUUCUUCUAUCAAUAUGGCUUUCAUUUUUUCUUUUGUUACUAUGACUUCCAUUUCUUUGUCUUUCUAUAAGGCUUCCAUUUCUUUGUCUGUCAAUACGGUUUCUUCUACUCUCAACACCACUUUCAUUUUUCUUUUAUCACUUCUAUUUCUCUUUCUCUCAGUAAGGCUUUCUUCUGUCAAUAAGACUUUCAUUACCUCUAUCAAUAUGGCUUCGAUUUCUUCUCUCGAUAUGGCUUCCAUUUCUUCUUUUUUACUCUUCUUCUUUACUACAUCAUUUCCUUUUACAUUUUCCCUUAUCCUAUUUUACUGA